CUUUCUCCCUCAGUGGAAACUCUAGAGUCGGCCACUACUUCUACCUCUCAAGCACAGGCACCUUACCUGUCAUUUGAUGUUGUUGGUGCCUUUGUUUUACAUAACUAAAAACAUCGGUUAUGCCUUCAAGAAGAUUUGACGGGCAAAGUUUCUUUUUCGCUUAUCCAUGGUGUCGACUAAAGAAAGGUGGUGAAGUAAAUAUGACAUUGGGUGGUAUUGACUUAAAAAAUUCAGGGAGUGUUGUUGUUAGAGAAGUCAAGAAACUGCUCACUGUAUUGUUUCCCGAUGGACAUGAUGGGAUGAGACGUCAGAAGACUUGUAUGAAUGGAAGACAGCUCUUGAACACGAUCUUAAAUAUAUUGUGUUGUAUUUGUAUGUACCAUCAUGUGUUGGGAUUUCAUUCUCUCCUCACGGCGCGAAAUAUUAUAUUUAGGUGAAAGCUCCAUAUGAUAUUAUUAUUCAAUAUAGAUAUCAAUCUAGAUUUCUUCACAAACACGUACAUAUUCUUGCUACUUUUUUCCCCAUGUAAUUAGACACCUUAUUUCAUGUUCAUGAUAAGACGCUUGAGGGGAGAUUGUACUAUAUAGCUAGUUUUCUAAAGAUGUUUAUGU